AUGGCUUCCCAAUAUGCGGCAGAGCUCUGUAUGCUCAUGGUUGAAGAUAACUUCGGCGAGCUCUUCGGGCGCAUAUUUUCGACCUUGCAUCGCUACGAACGCCUUACCCUGCCGCGAUUAUUGGGGUAUACCCGCCUGUCUGAAAACCGGUUACGCGCUGCCCUCGUUGCUAUGAUCCAGCACCAUCUUGUAUACUUCUAUACCGCCAUUGAAGAAGGCGGCGUUACUUACUAUAGCGCCAAUAUGCAGGCGGCAUACUACCUUGUCCGCUCGGGAAAGAUCUUGGAGCUUGUGGAGGAUCGACUGGGAAAAUACGCCGCAACCGUCAUGUCGACUAUCAUGUACCUCGGCCACGCGCAAGUAAGCGAUCUUGACACGCUGCCGGACCUACGGCCGGAGGCGCCGAAUACCAAUGGCGCCCACAAUGAAGAGGUGGAUUUACCCGGAGAAGACAUCGAAACGAACGGGACGAACGGUGAAUAUGUUCUGGAACAAUCAGCCCUUCAUCCGACACUUAAAGCACUUGCGGGACAUGGAUACAUUGUCCGAGUCCGAGAAGCCCAUUUUCAAAGCAAUGCUGAUAAUAUCCUCAACAUUGAACGUCAAAUCAGAUUAGGGGAUUCUGCGCAAAGCAUGAAGGGGAAAAGACUCGAAGAAUACGUGUUGGAGAAGACGGAGAACAUGCUCCGGGAAAGACUUGAUGGAGACCUCACGCGUGGACACCUUGUCAAUGGAGUGCCACGGGGAGUCAAUCGCAACCGCGCUAGUGGAGGUUCAGCCGACGCCGAUAAUAACCGUGAACUAUUUGACUAUGAGGACGUCGGAGACGGAGAGGAAGAAGAUGAAUGGGCCGAUGAUGAGGUCCCCAUGGAUGCACGCCAGUCUUCAAUAACGGUUCGCGUGAACUACGAAAAGCUGGAUGUCGCGCUCCGAAACCGACGUUUCCUUGAACUAGCUGAGCGCGACGCUCCCUCGGAAACGGCACAAAUCUACGACUACCUCCUCCGUCGCAUCGAGUAUCAAACUAGCAGAUGUAGGGAUACCUCCGAAAUUCCCCGCGAGGGUGAAGAAGGCGAACAAUACUCGGUUGCCAUACCCCUCAGCGCUCUCGCCCAAGACAUCGACCACUACCUAGACCUCGUAGGGUCCCUCGCGCCAAUAAACACCUCUACCAACAGACUCGGUAAACGCUCACUCGACGACGCAAUUAAUGACGACGACGACAACGACGAGAACGGAACCAACGGUAACAGAACCUUCGAAAUAGACCAACAUCUCUGUCUCCUCGCCCAACCUCCACUCAACCUCACCUCCAAACGCCUCAACGGCGGCAUAAUCCACUGGACCAUUGAAUUCCGUCACCUAGCCCGCAAACUUCGCCACCUCGAACUCGAGCGCAUUGUGGAAGCCCGAUACGGCGAUGUCGCCCUCCGCGUGCUCCGCGUCCUGCAGGCGAAGGGGAAACUCGACGAAAAACGCCUGCAGGAAAUCAGUCUCCUUCCCUUCAAGGAUCUACGUCAAGUCCUCGCAUCAAUGCAAACAGGCGGCUUCGUCGACCUCCAAGAAGUCCCCCGUGACGCGCAGCGCCAGCCCUCGCGCACCAUCUAUCUCUGGUACUAUGACCCUGACCGCAUUCGCGACAGCAUGCUACAGGAUACAUAUAAGUCGAUGUCACGGUGUCUUCAUCGGUUAAACUUCGAGCGCGGCCGGCUAAAGGACUUUCUUGAAAAGACGGAGCGCAGCGACGUCAAGGGGAACGAGGAACUGUAUCUUUCGGAAGGAGAGCUUGAGAAGCUGCGUGAAUGGAGGGCCAAGGAGGCGUUGUUGCUUGGGGAAGUCUCCCGGUUAGAUGAUAUGGUCGCGGUGAUGCGGGAUUAUUGA